ACGUAUGUAGACACUUGAUAUGACAAAGUGCACAUCACGAACAAGAAAUCGCAGUGUUACUUUGACGUAUGAGCGAACGAAACUAGAGUUUUAGAAGCGUAUUUAGCGGGUCAAGCAUUGGAACGGUGAGAGAUUUUCCCCGCGUGUCGUGCGAUGUCUCAGCACUUGAGUCUGGCUUCGAAGUAAGUAGCCCAUAACCACCUGCCUUUUACUUACUGUAACGAGCCUCCCCCACGAACAAAGGAAAUCUCCACGCUGCUGAUGGAAUCUAAUGAAAACUGCGAGCCAAGAAAUGUACGAUCGCUAGUUGCAUGGGAAACACCGAGACAGCAACUCUACUUACGUGCUCCAUAUAGAAACUACCAUUAAGCUAUAGAAUAAACUUCUUUUUGUUUGUUAAAAUAAUCAUUGCCAAAAAACGCUCAUCGAUUUGUUAUUAUAUCCGAUGACAAUAACAAGGUGAAACGAAUCGACGAAUCUCAGCGAGGCUCGUCGAGCAUGUCAACGGUAAGCUGACUUAGUUAAGGAUAUUCAAUAUCAUCAAUGUGUAAUCGUAAAGGACACCAGUCGCCAGACCUCUCAGAAGGCGAUGCUUGAAACAAGCAGGAGAUCCGCCAUAAGUACGUCCGAGCUAGGGCUCUAUUCUGAUCGCAGUGAUCGAUACAACAGGAGUCGUUACGGUUUGAUUGUAAGGAAAUUUGCAAUCGGAGUUAUGAUUGUGGUAACAGUGAUACUGGUGGCGAUAUUUAUGUACGAUUUUACUUCCGCCACAUCAGGAAACAGUAAAAUGAAUCAGGAAACGAAGCAUAUAUAUAUACUACAGAAUGCUCUCAAAAAGCCACCUAAUUUUGCGAAAAAAUCUGCGAAUUCUACAAUCCUAUCCGAAGCUACAAUGCUUCAUCAAGCCGACGCCUUUUAUAUGGAAGAUCGUUCGGACGAUGAAAAGUAUGACGAUUUUGUGCAAGGAAAUGCAACGAGUGACGUAAUGAUGGAUGAGGCUAACAUGAUGGGUGGGCCGGAGAUGAGAGCGCAGAAUCUGCAUAACUUCAAACACCGGAAGAGAGUGUUGAAGUCUGUUGAAGAUGCUAGGGAAAACGAGGAAGUCGAGACCAAGCAAUUAUUCGACAAUCAUGCGAUCGUUUAUCGAGUAAGACAAAGAUAUAAACACCCGGAUAUGGACGAGGACAUGAACAUGGAAACUCGACCGAUGCCGUUUCACUGGGAAUUGAAGACGCCGCAUCCGACAUCAUUCAAGCGUCCUAGAUAUCCGCAGCUGUCGCAGUACCGAUACCCACAAUCGUCCAGGAACAUACAGGACAUCAUCAAGUACCUAGCUAACAACGUUGCAGUGCCAAAUCGCGGCAUCAAGUUCACCGGCGUCUAUAUGAAUCCGAAAAAAUACGAUCUCACCCCUACCGUAGGGGAAAUGAUAUCUAAUAGUGAUAAAUUCGAAAAUGAAGAGAUGUCACCCUAUUCCAUCAAAUCGCAACAUAAUAACGAUCCAUUUUACCAGUACAAACCGAAACACCCGGCGGACGUUAACCUUUUAGCCACAUCUAACGUGAGAUUCUCACCGGUCGGAGUACACCGUUACAGUCCUUACUAUGAUCCUUUAUAUCCUCGACCCAUGUUCAGUUACAACAAGCCGAUUAUAACGGAACCGCAGUACGAAAGUAUUAACUCCUAUUCGACGAAUACGUACACGAAAAACCGCAAACCAAAGCCGUUUAGCGUGAUGCUCGAUAUUUAUCCUAUCACAGAUAUCAUGGAGCAGAAUAAGAAGACAUCGUGGGCGAGACCGCAAGAAUCUACGGAUAAUUACGAUUCUAGAAGACCUCUUCAUUAUAAUCGUAUGCCGAAAUUUCACGCAUCAUCCCCGAUCCCGAUCCCUCUUAUAGCUAUACCCAGUCCUACAACUUUAUCAGAAGAAGACGAAAAGCAACAAAUGAUAUUUCAUUUGAAUCUGUAUCCUCGAAAGAAGAGUAAGCUCAACAGGCACGAUAUCAUCGAUCGAUCGAAAUUAAUGAGAACUCAGGAGCGACAGCAAUUCGUGAAGAAGAUAAUGUCCCCCUUGGAAUCGAUUGCUAAACAUUUAACCGAUCAUUCCGCGAUCGAAGAAUCGAAGUUCGAGAAUCAAAAUUCAGAAACGACCAGUAUAUCGAUAACGCGAUAUCACGAGAUGAAUCUGGACGAUAAGCAAAAGAAUGGAGAUCUUAUGUUAAAUAACGAUUCAGAAAUUUAUUCAGAUCUAAAUAACGGUGAUAGUGGUAUCGUUGGGGAUACUACAAUAUUUUCAAAUCAUAAAUUAAUCCUAAAUGAGGAUUAUACUAGCACAGAGAAAUAUGAAAUAAAUGCACAGAAAAUGAUAAUGAGUACGGAGAAGAAUUUCGUGAAUUGCGAUAACACAACGAUAAUCGACAACAACUAAAAAGCCGAGAAAAAAAGCAUCGAUUUUUCGAAAGAUAUCGAUGCUAUUGAAGCAUUUUAAUGCUUCACGAUUUUUUCAGCUAGGAUUGAAUUGAAAGUAUAAAGUAUAAGUGAAAAUUGAGAAAAUUGAGAGUUGAAGUGUAUUAUCGGAUAUCCUUUAAUAUUUUGAUAUUCUAUUCUAAUGUCACAGGAAAAAAACGAAAGAUAUUUGACGUCACAUUCUGUUUCAUUUAAACUAUCAAAAGUAUUUUUA